AUGACGUCACGGCGUUCGGUUCCUGCCCCGCUUCCUGCCCCGUCCCUCACCCUCCCCCACGGGCCGCCCCCGCCUCCUCCUCCUCCUCCCGCUCCUCCCGCCGUGACAGCGGGAGCCGCCGCCACCAUGAACGGCAAAGGGCCGUUUCCAGGCCAGCCCUCAUUCCCCGGCCCGGCCCCCCCCGGGUACCCCCAAACUCUGCCCCUGCUGCAGCCGCCCCCCUACCUUGACCCUGCAGCUGCGUACCCCGAGCUCUACCGUCUCAGCUUCGUCCCCGUGGGCGCUGCCGGCGUCCCCCCCAUGUCCCCAGCGUACCCAGGUGCGUCCCUGUACCUGCCCCUGGCCCCGCCGCUGCCCGUGGGGGCUCUGGGCACCCCCGUGGCCUAUUUCCCACUGGGACAGGUGUAUCCACCGGGAUCCACGGUGCUGCUGGAAGGGGGGUUUGACACCGGAGCCAGGCUGGGGACAGGUGGCACCAGCAGCAUCCCGCCGCCGCCUGCCGGAUGCCCCCCGGGUGCCCCCGCGGUGCCCGUCCCGCCCGGAGCCGCUGUCCUGCUGCCCCCGCGCAAGGGGGGCUUCCUGGGGGGGGCUGGGGGCGGCUUCAGCCUCUGAAACAUCUGUUCUGUCCUGGGAUUUUUUUAACCCACUCUGAGUAAUCUUGGAUUGUUUGCACUUCAGCUCUAAUUAAAGCCAUGACCGGUGCCAGGGCC